GGGAGUGUAAAGGGAGAGUAGUUUGUUUGUAGAGGUGUACUUCUAGAUUUUGAAGUCAGUUUUUGCUUUGGUUCUUUUGGUUUUGUUUUGCGGUUUAUUGUUAUGGAACAAAAUAUAAUCUCUGUUAGUCAGUUGAAUGUUGGCGUUCAAAGCUGGGUUGUUCGGGUUGUUCUUAUUGAGAAAAGUUUUGUUCGUGGUAGUGUUAAUAUGGGUCGGCGUUAUCAACGAUAUGUUUUUGCUGAUCAAUUGGGUGAUCGAGUUCAAGCUAUUGCGUAUUUUGCUGAUCUGAAUGUCUUGGAUGAGAUUUUGCAACUGUUUUCAACGUAUUAUAUUGGAAAUGGGAUUGUUCGUCGGUUAAUGGAUGAUUCAAUAAUGCUUGGUUCUGUUUCGUUUGAAGUAACAUUGACACAGUAUACUUUAAUCGAGCGUGUUCAUGGUUUAGUUCAAUUGCCGAUUCAUAAUCUUUAUAAUUUUACUCCAUUUGGACAUCUGCAGUCAUUGAGGCAUUCUCGCGAUGCUAUAAUUACUAUUCUUGGUGUCGUGAUCGAGGUGUUUCCAUUGCAUGUUUUUCUUUUCGGAAGCAGAUAUAUGCGAGUUCAGGAGUUUUUGUUGAUGAAUGAAGAAAUGAUGCCAGUGGUAUUUGCGAUCUGGGAAGAAUUUGUUGAUACGGAUGGAGCACAUCUUGCGCAGAUUGCACAUGAGCAUCCCAUUGUACUGAUUUGCAGGCCUAAAAUUAGCCAUUUUCAUGGUCUUUCUUUGGCUACAGAAAGGAGAACUAUUAUUAUGUAUGAUGUUGCCAUUCCUGAGGCAGAUGAAUUGAGGAGCUGGUAUGAGGGACUCGCAGGGGAUGGACCAAAUUGAUGGAUUGUGAUGAUUUUAGUGUUUAUGUUUAUUUUUUGUAGGUUAAAAUGUUGUUGGUUUAGUAUGUUGUCUGUGCAUGGCAAUGAGUUUUGUGGCGGAUUGUAAAAUAGGUUUUAAAUUGGUUACGUUGAUUUCGAAUUGUCCUUGGAGGCGAAGAUUGUAUAUAAAGUGGUUUUUCUUUG